UUUGAAAGGCCCCAGAGGAAACGCGCCGCUCUGACGGCCGCGUGCCUGCUCAGUGAAUCACGUCUGCACCGUCCGUCUUAUCUGCGGGUAUAAAGGCAGCAGCAGCUUCAGACGGUCCGGAGCCUCAGGACGCGAACAGAGGUUUUUUCAUCAUUGCCUGCUGGCCUUGUAGGAGUCAGAGAGGAUGUUAAUGAUGAUGAUGAUGAUGAUGAAGAAGAAGGGGUCAAAGUCUCUGGCUCUGGUGGCCGUGCUCUUGGCCUCUGCCUGCUGUGUCCUCCCUCCGUCCAAAGAGGAUCUUAAGGAGAUUUCCCUUCAGGGAGAGAAGUAUGUGGACACGCAGGUCGAAAACGCCAUUAACGGCAUAAAGGAGAUGAAGCGCGUGAUGCAGAAGUCCUCCGAGGAGCACCAGCGGUUUCUGGACGCGCUGGAGAAGACCAAGAAGCAGAAAGAGGAGGCGAUGCUCACUGCUCAGGUGACGGAGGCCAAGCUGGAGGAGGAGGUCUGCAACGACACCAUGAAGGCUCUGUGGGAGGAGUGCAAGCCGUGCCUGAGGAGCACCUGCGUCAAGUAUUACUCCAAGACCUGCAGCAGCGGCUCGGGACUCGUGGGCCGCCAGCUGGAGGAGGUGCUGAACAGGUCGUCUCCCGUCUCCAUCUUCAUCAACGGGGAGAACGUGGGCGCGCUGGAGCGGGAGGGCCGGCGUCAGAGCAAGGAGUUCCAGCAGCUGGAGGAGAAGUACGGGGAGAUGGCCGACGGCGUGGACAGCGUGUUCUCAGACAGCAUGAAGGUGGCUGAUCACGUCCACUACAGCCCUCCGGCCUUCUCGCUUCCCGGCUUCCUGGAGCUGUCCUCCCGCCAGGCCCGCAGCCUCCGCUCCCUCUUCCACGACCCGUUCCAGGGCUUCCAGGGUUUGUUCUCCCCCAUGAUGGGAAUGGGCAGGAACGUCUUCUCCAUGGACUUCGACACCGAUUCCCCUCCUAACGAAGACGGCGGCGUCAACGAGGACGUGGUGAUCACCAGGCCCUUCGGCAGCGGCCGGAUGACCUGCAGGGAGAUCCGCCGCAACUCGGCCGGCUGCCUCCGCUUCCGUGACGAGUGUCAGAAGUGCAGGGAGAUCCAGCACAUCGACUGCUCCGGGAGGAGGCCCCUGGAGGGCCCGCUGAAGGAGGAGCUGGAGGGAGCGCUGGCCGUGGCCGAGCGCUUCACGCGACACUACAACUCCCUCCUCAGGAGCUUCGAGGAGCAGGUGUUCAACACCUCCUCCGUCCUGGACCUGUUCAACAGGCAGUACGGCUGGGUGUCGUCCCUGGCCAACAGCACCGACAGCAAGGACGGCGUGUUCCGGGUCCAGACGGUGACCUGCAAGGACGCCGCCGAGCAGCACCCGGCAGAGAGCGACGUGUCCGUGCAGCUCUUCAACUCGGCGCCCAUGAACUUCACCGUCCCAAACAUCCCCUGGACCGACCCAAAGUUCUCCCAGGUGGUGGCGCAGGAGGCGCUGGACCGCUACAAGGAGGCGCUGGACCGCUACAAGGAGGCCACCGUUGCGGUCAAGUAAAACGCUGCAGGCGAGGGCGUCGCCGAUUCACCGAAGCCAAGCUGAAGCUCCUCCUGUAAAUCCUCAGCGUCCCGCUUUGAAAACGCCACAGGUUUAUCGACCUGCUGAUUUAGACUCGCGUCUAGUUGCUCCAGCAUCAGGUCUAUCAUCAUGUGACCCUGAGAAUGUUCAUGCACUAAUGUUGUCCAGACGGCGCCAGUGGUUUUAAUAAGCCAGUCCUCCCACCAACAGAUCUCUGAGGCCGUUAGGAGUUGGCUGAUGUGGUCGAUUUGCCAGAUUUAAAAUCACUGGUUACUGAGAGAAGUGCAGCAUUGAAAUAAGACCUAGACAAACCUAAUAAAACCUGCUCAUGUCCCACGA